AUGGAGCCUUCAAGCCGCCCGUUAUUUCCUAUUGCGGCUGUUCCGCCGAUCCAACAGCCUUUACACCUGAAUGCCAAUGAGAUAAAUUGUGUCAGUUCUCUUUUCCCAGUCAUGCCUACAUUAGAAAACAUUCGUUCUGUGAUACGUAUGACUAAACACAGAUUAAGAAGAACAUGUACUCUGGAUGAGAUCAAGAAAGAUAUCUCUUUUUUACAUCCCCCUCCAAAUGGGGGUUGGGGUUGGGUUGUAGUUGUAGCUGCUGCUACUCAUUGCUUGCUUGUCAGUGGAUUUCAUAGCGCCUUUGGUGUUUACAUGCUGCCACUUCUUGACACAUUUAAAUCCAGUAACUCACGGAUAGCCUGGAUUGGAUCUGUCAGCUAUGCUUCCAUUAUGAUUUUUGGUCCUGUUUCUGGAAAACUUCUGGUGAAGUAUGGAGCUAUAAAAGUGGCGAUAAUUGGAGAUCUAGUGGUCAUAUGUGGUCUAGUGUGUUCAUCCUAUACUCAUGAUUUACGUUUGCUGUUUUUUACACAUGGAAUCAUUGUUGGUGUGGGAUCAAGUCUGGCUUACACUCCAGGCCUGAUAAUGGUUAGCCUUUAUUUUACUACAAAGCGCUCAUUUGCCACUGGAUUAGUGAUGGCUGGAGGGGCUGCAGGAACUUUCGUACAGAAUAAACUUCAUAAUUAUCUAAUUGAGAAACUUGGAUGGAGAGAAAGUUUACGUGUAUAUAGUGGAAUUCUAUCCAUAUGUAUUUUUGCUGGAUUUGCAUACAAGCCUCUUCAAAAACAUAGAACUCAUCCAAGUGUAGUUGAAAAAUUUAAGACAUCACCACUAAGAGGUUUUAUAGUUGAUUUAGGUUUGUGGAAAGAUCGUAUUUUUGAGGUAUGGGUCAGUUCUCUUGGAUUAGCAAAAUUUGGAUUCUACAUACCUUUUGUGCAUAUGAUGAAACAUGCAGAUGAUUUGGGUAUUCCAUUGGAAAAAGCAUCCUACAUUAUGGUAGGACUUGGAGUAAGCAGCAUGAUUAGUUGUCUUCUGUUUGGAAAAAUUUGUGAUAUUGAAAAUAUUGACCGACUUUAUCUUAAUCAGGCAUCCAUAUUAUCUGUUGGUGUGGUCUACUUUAUUAUUCCUCACUGCACAUCUUUUGCCUCUCUUGUAGCCAUCUGCUCCCUUUUGGGAUUUUUUGAUGCAGGAAACUAUGUUCUCCUACCUGUCCUUACAUUUGAUUUGGUGGGAGCAGAGAGAAUGCCUGUUGCAUGGGGAUUUAUGAUGGCUGUCAAUGCAAUUAGCUGUUUUGGUCCACCCUUUGCAGGUAUAGUGUAUGACAUGUAUGGCAGUUACACCAUUGGCUUUGUAGUAACCGGGAUUUGCUAUAUUGCAGCAGCUAGCAUACUUGCUUUAAUACCUUGGUUGCAAAGAGAAGCAGUUCAGUCAACGAAAAACUACAUUAAUGCUUCUGUAUGUAUCAUAACCAAUACCAUAGUCCCUUGGCAAUCACCAACUCCUUCAUUAGGGAGUAUUUCUUCCUCAUACACAAAAUCUAUGCUAUCUCCUGAACAAAGUACAUCAGGCCAUUCUAAAGGAUUCAGCAUAAAGUCCUUUAAAAGCAUACUAAAGUCAGAUGCAACGUCAUUUAAAAGUGGGACACUGAGUCCGCAAAUUACCUCAGACAAAAGGGGUUCUGUGAGUACUGUGGAAUAUUCAAGUGAUCUCCAGGAACACGGUGAGAGUACAGCUGAGUGGCAGCAAGACCUAGGCAAAUCAGAAUUAACAUCUCUUCAAAGUCUAACUUCAGACUCCUUGAUCCAGGCAGAACCCAUUCCACACGGAAAAGAAGAUGGUGUGUCCUUGGAUGAAUAUGAGGGAGAUGAAGAAGAGCAAGCUGAGAUUACAACAGAGGUGAGGCCUGUGCAAGAGCUAACAGUGCCAGAUGCAAUAUUUGUGAAAAGGGAAAGGUCAGACUCUAAACAGAUGGAGCGCAUUCCCCACAGAAAAGAAGAUGGAGUAGCUUUCUUGGAUGAAUACGAGGGAGAUGAAGAAGAACAAGCUGAAAUUAUAAGUGAAGUAAGGCCUGUGCAAGAGCUAACAGUGCCAGAAACAACAUUUGUAAAAAGAGAAAGGUCAGACUCUAAACAGAUGGACCGCAUUCCCCACAGAAAAGAAGAUGGAGUGGCCUUCUUGGAUGAAUACGAGGGAGAUGAGGAAGAACAAGCUGAGAUUACAACAGAGGUGAGGCCUUGA